AUAUUUUUAUUCUGUAACUGCACCAUUUCCUUUUAAAUCUAAAUAAGGAACUUUGUGUUAAUUUUAAAAUCAUCAGAAUGAGAUUUUAAAGUGUAUUAUUUGGGAAGUCUACAUCACAGCCCUGAUAUUCUCGAGACGAGUAUCUGACCAUACAGUCUGUGUACAUGAAUUCUAUAUUUACACAAUUUGAAUUACAUUUUAAUUUAAAAACUGUUUGCAUGCGGUAAUUAUAAUUAUGUAUAACAUUUCAUUGAGUCAUUUUGUUACCUUUAUUGUUACUGGAACUUGGAUCUUAUUCUGAAGUUCCUGGCUUGACUGAAAGUCCGUAUAAGGUGUCGCUCAGGUGAGCUCCGCCCCCCCUCGCUGCAGGUGCUACCAUUGAGUGUCUUGACAGCUGCGUGGCUGCACAGGUGCUGCAUGGAUUAGUUUAUUCUAGCACAACGAAAUGUAAGCCUACUUGAAAUGGACACAGGGGGACAUCGGUUGACCCUGGAGGGUCCGCCCAGGGGGAAUCCCCUCAACUUUCCCUUCAGUUUGGGUGAAUUUUGCGUUGAUGCGGUCACCACCUGUUUCUCUCAGAACUUAGAGAAACGUUGCAUCCCCAUCGGCCUCAGCUUUCUAUCCAUGUUUGUUUUACUGCUGUCAUGCUUUAUCUUCGUGUAUCAGAGGUGUACAUUUCGAGGAGAAGCCCCAGUAGGAACCAUCUCUUUCCUCUACAGCUUCCUCGGAGACCUGUGCAGCACCAUUGGAGCUAUUCUGUCCAGACAGCUGCAUAUUCUGGUUUUGAUGGGAGCUUUGGCUGCUACUGUAGAUGCUGUUAAUUGUAUUUGUUGCUGCUCCCAUGUGCUCCUGCACUUGAACUCAAAGGCAGGCAGGAGGCUGAUGAUACUGAAAGGGCGGAGGAGGCAGCACCUCUUCGCUGUGUGUGUACUGAUGGUGGUUGCAGGAGGCUUUUGGAAAUCCAGAGCGACCCACCUCCCAGCAGUAAGGCCUGUCUUUGGCAGCAGGAGACUGCUGUUUGCCACCCUGCAGGACAACACUGAAGUCCUGGGUUACAUACUUGGCCUGCUUUCCUGUGUCAUCGGAUGUACCUCCAGGUUCCCCGCUCUCUGCAGAGCAUACAGAGGACACGUGCUGACCCGGGCCAAGGUGUUCUCUAGACUGCUGUGCUCACUGUCCGGUGCCCUCUACGCUGCUGCCGUACUCCUGUGUGACACUCGGGUUGGGUUUCUUUUGAGAGUCCUGCCGUGGCUGCUGUCGGCAACCAGCUGUGCCACCAUUGACCUUCUUAUUCUUGUUGUCCUCUGGUGGAGGAGAGGAACUACGCAGAAGCUUACUGGUGUUUCUCCGGACAAAGAGCGUCUCUUAAGAAGGUCCUGCGCCCUCACUGAAGAUGAUGCUGUCAUGAAGAAAAAAAGAAAACAGCAACUUCAUUCUUCAGCAGGGACAAAAACAAAAAAUGUCCGGAAGACCGCGGAGAUGGGUGGUUAUAUGGAUGUCGAACCCGCAGGAGAAAUGUGCCUUAAGGAGGAGGUGGCGGCCCGGGGCCUCAGCCAGACGGUGCGCGUUAUCAGAGUGGACAGUUUCUGCUCCACGGACACGUCGUGUGGCUCUUCUCUAGUCGACUCUGACCUGGAGGUGGGUUGGAGCCCUGUAUAGCCCUGUCGUGGGAUUUUGAGGCUUGACAACAGGAGGGAGAUGACCUUCCACCAGCAAACCCCAAACUGAAUAACAUCUGCACAUUCGCCUCUCGUGCAAGCUUGGAAAGAAAAUCAAACCAAUGUAACUCUGGAUUAGUAAAGUGAUACACAUCUGGUGCAUUCAUUUCAGGGGAAAUAAAAAGUGUCAACAGCAAAACGUUAUUUGUCUUGUUUUUACUUAAAAGCGUGUGUAGUGAGCUGCA